CCCCCGCUGAUGAAUGGUCUGCCCCCUCGGCCACCGCUGCCCGAGUCUUUGCCACCACCACCACCAGGAGGCCUACCUCUGCCACCCAUGCCCCCCACGGGGCCUGCGCCCUCAGGGCCCCCGGGACCACCCCAGCUACCCCCGCCAGCUCCAGGGGUCCACCCCCCGGCCCCAGUGGUGCAUCCCCCCACAUCUGGCGUCCAUCCCCCAGCUCCUGGGGUCCAUCCCCCAGCUCCUGGCGUCCAUCCCCCAGCCCCUGGGGUCCACCCACCAACCUCUGGGGUCCACCCCCCGGCUCCUGGAGUCCACCCUCCAGCCCCCGGGGUUCACCCUCCAGCCCCCGGGGUUCACCCACCAGCCCCUGGAGUCCACCCACCAGCCCCUGGGGUUCACCCACCAGCCCCGGGAGUCCAUCCUCCCCCAUCAGCGGGGGUUCACCCCCAGGCCCCAGGGGUACACCCAGCAGCCCCUGCUGUUCACCCUCAGGCCCCGGGGGUGCACCCACCAGCCCCAGGGAUGCACCCUCAGGCCCCGGGAGUCCACCCCCAACCUCCCGGGGUCCAUCCAUCAGCUCCUGGGGUCCACCCUCAGCCUCCUGGAGUUCACCCCUCAAAUCCUGGGGUACACCCCCCAACUCCCAUGCCCCCAAUGCUGAGGCCCCCACUCCCCUCCGAAGGCCCAGGGAACAUACCUCCCCCUCCCCCAACCAACUGAGAAGCUGCUCCCUCCCCCAGCAAGCUCAGCGCCAGGUGCUCCUGCCUUUUGCCAUCGAGAGAAGGCUGCUCUUUUGUACUGCCCCCUGCUCAUUAAACAGCCUUCCCCAGCCCCGCAUGCACUGGUGUCUGCA